CAGAUCGAGAGGAUGCAAUUAACUACACAUGCUUAGUUACAAGCUUUGUAUUGCAUCAUCUUGGUGAAAUCCAUACUCUACUCCAAAGAGUACAGUAUAGGUUUACAUUAAUUGUUUCAAGCAAUAAGUGGAAUUUGCUAUUUGACAUUGAAGAAGCUGUAUAUCUCAACUAGAUAGAGAACAUCUCAAAACCAGAUCAAGAGGAAGCAAUCAACAACACAUGCUUAGUUACAGACUCCAUAUUGCAUCAUCUUGGUGAAACCCAUACUCUCCUCCAAAGAGUAUAGCUUAUUCCCAAGCAAAUCAUUGGAAUUUUCUGACAUUGAAGUGAAGAAACUACGUAUCUCAACUAGCCAAGGGGAAUGUUCCUCAUCAACCAACAUCGAUGAAAUCAGUCAAGGGGAAUGUUCCUCAUCAACCAACAUCGAUGAAAAGAUUGAAGAGUUGAAGCAAAUGCUUGAGGAAGGAAAAGAAUUCACUAAUGUUAGUGUGAGUUUGGUCAUAGAUGAUCACUCAAAAAAAGGAGUUCCAAUGCCUGCUGAAAAAUGCAUUGCACGGGAGGAGGUACAAGAAGAAAUUUUGCAACUAUUAAGGGGAGACAAGGUUACAAGAAUUGCAGUUUGUGGAAUGGGUGGUGUGGGCAAGACAACAAUCAUGAAGCAAGUCCACAACCAACUAUUAAAAGAUCCCACAAUUAAGAAAGUUAUUUGGGUAAAGGUAUCCAGAGACUUUGAUAUUGUUCUCCAACAAAAAAAGCAGUUUGAUAUUCUCAAGUUUCAGAAGAACAUUGCAAGAAAAUUGAGAUUAGGCCUGAAUGAUGAUGAAGAUGCAACCGAGCUUGCAGGACGGAUAUCACAAAGCUUGCGACAGGGCCGUUGUGUUUUAAUUCUGGAUGAUGUGUGGGAGCCUUUUUCUGUAGAAGCUGUUGGAAUCCUUGAUCCUAAUGGAAAUGAUGCUUGCAAGAUGGUGCUCACAACACGGUCACAAGAGGUUGCUGGUAGAAUGCAGUGUAAGAUGAUCCUUGUGGAGCCUCUUCCAAAUGAUAAAGCAUUAGCAUUAUUCUUGGACAAAGUUGGAAGUGAGGUGGUGUCCUAUACCAGAUACAAAAGUGAUAUAGAACCUUUUUUGAAUCAGAUUUUGAAGAAAUGUAAUGGUCUACCCCUUGCUAUUGUGGUGGUGGCAACGACCAUGAGAGGAAAUUUCAAUUGUUACUCAUGGGAGACUGCAGCUACAGAAUUUAGCAAAUAUGAAGAAAUUGGUGAUUGUUUGAAAUUCAGUUUUAACCACUUAGAUGGAAAACACCAGAAGUGUUUCUUAUACUGUGCAUUCUAUCCUGAGGAUGAUGAAAUCGGAAAAGAGGAGUUGAUUGAGUUUUGGAUUGAGGAGGGAUUUAUUGAAGAUGAAAGUAGGUCUCGGCACUCAAUGAUUUGUGAGGCCCAUUCUAUUAUUCAGAAGUUGAUAGACAAUUGCAUGCUGGAAUCGGUUAAAAAAGAAGACACAGGAUCUGUGACUUCAUCGCAUCAAUUUGUUGUAGUCAAAAACAACGAAGAUGGGGUGAGUAUGCAUGAUCUUCUCCGAGAUAUGGCAUUGAAGAUUAUUCAUCCUCAAUUCAUGGUGAAAGCAGGCAUGGCCUUGGAAGAGCUACCAGAGGAGGUUGAAGGGAGAAAAAAUCUUUUGAAGGUGUCUCUAAUGAAGAAUCAAAUAAGAAAAUUUCCUUCGAGUAUGUUGUCUCCCAAGUGUCCAAUGCUCACAACCUUCUUGUUGUCCAAAAACAAUAUUACAACAAUUCCAGAAGCUUUCUUUGAUCAUAUGCCUGGGCUGAAGAUCCUUGAUCUUUCUGGCAAUCACUACCUAUUUAGGCUGCCGAGUUCUGUUUUUUCCAAAUUAGAGAAUCUUACCACACUACUGCUGGAGGAAUGUUAUUCCUUAAAAGAGGUACCAUCUUUAUCCAACCUUGGAGGCUUAAAAAAGUUAAACCUUUAUGGGACAGCAAUUAAAGAACUACCCCAAGGUCUCAACAUGUUAACCAAUCUAAAAUGGCUUCGGCUUGGUAGAACGUUAUCUGAUAUACCUGACGGAUUGCUAGGAAAUCUCUCCAGCCUUCAGUGUUUAAGAGUAGCAGAACGGACUAUAGCAUCGAGAUGGGAGGAGAUUGGAAGAUGGAAGGAUAUACCAUUGAAAUGGGAGGAGAUUGGAAGAUUGAAGAAGUUGGAAUCUUUUGAAGGCCAGUUGUCUACGCUGGAUGAUAUGAGCGCCUUUGUUAAGUCUGAAAGAAAGUUUUUAAAUCAAUACAGAAUUUUUGUUGGAAGCAGCAAUCCACGUGGGUAUGACCAUUAUAGCGAAAGCGAAAACUUUUCAAAUGUUAUGAAAUCAAUUGUAUGCUGUCAUAAUGAUAUAUGUGGGGAGCCCAACUGGUUACCAUCUGAUGCACAAAGCUUUUACAUCUGGGACUGCAAGGAUGUGAGAAGCUUGGACGAUAUUUCUGGCUUUCAAGAAGUAACCGACUUGCGGCACUGCAUCGUUGGUGAAUGUGAUGGCCUGGAGUUUGUUGUUUCCUCACGCUACUUAAAGUUGCUCCAAAACCUUGAGUUGCUAUGCCUUUUUCGUCUGAAAAAAUUGAAUGCAGUGGUUGGGGCAGUAGAAGCAGUUGUCAAGUCAGCACUGUUGCCAGCUGGCACUUUAUCUUCUCUUCAACAAAUUGAAGUUGGGGGAUGUGGAAAAAUAAAGAAGUUAUUGCCGCUUAGGUUGUUGCGGUAUCUCCAGAAUCUAAAGAUCAUUCAUGUUAUAAAUUGUGAUCAAAUGGAGGAGAUAAUAUGGUCCGAAUAUGAAGAAGAAGGAGAAAAAGCCCUAGAAAAACUCACUCUACCAAAGUUGGAAAGGGUGAUAUUGAUGACUUUGCCCGCAUUGAAGAGCAUCUACAGUGGCUCUACUAUUGUCUUGAUUUGUGAUUCCCUCAAAUGGAUUAAAAUUCACGGGUGCCAAGAAAUAAAGAGUGAUUUUUGGACGGGUUAUAACCCACUUCCAACCCCUGAGCAUUUGGACUUUUAUGGGUUGAAUCUGAAAUCCGUGUUUGAUGAAGAAGUUCUUGGUUUAUCGGCCCGUCCCACCAACUUUUUCUCUCUUAAAAGAAUUGAAGUGUGGUCUUGUAAUUGCACUAAACCAGAAGUCCUUCUUCAGUCCGCACUUGCACUUCGGAAUGACCUGCAAAGCCCCGAGGUGGAACUCGGGGUAGACACUCCGAUGCUUAACUUUGGGUUUAUUCUGCACUUCGGCCAUAGAGGAGUUACUGUAGCAGUCCGAGUCUUGGUACCUCGGACCUGUCCUUACAGGUCUUGCCCUAAAUUAAAGAAAGUAUUCUCAUCUAGACGGCUACUUGGCUACUUCCAAUCUCUAGAGACUAUUGAAGUUUAUUUCUGUGAACAAAUGGAGGAGCUGAUAUCAUCAUCGACCUAUGAAGAAAAAGAAGUCCUAGAAAAAAUCACUCUACCCAAGCUCCAAAAGUUAAAAUUGGAGGGUUUGCCCAAAUUGAAGAGCAUCUGUAGCAGUUUCAAUGUGUUGAUUUGUGAUUCCAUCAACGAUCUGCAUAUUCGCAAAUGUAAGAAGCUAAAGAGGAUUCCUCUGCAUCUUUCCUCGCUUGACAAUGGCCAGCCUCCUUCCCUCAAACAAAUUGAGGUAGAAACAAAAGAACACUGGGAAUCAUUGGAAUGGGACCAAUCCAAUGCAAAGGAUGUCCUUUUCACCUUCUGUAAAUUUUAUACCUCGACAGCAACACUCGACAUUGAAGAAGAAGAAGAAAAAGAAAUGUCUGGUGAUGACAACGAUGAUGAAGAAGAAAAAGAAAUGUCUGAUGACGACAACAAUGAUGAUGAAGAAGAAGAAGAAGAAUCUCUUAGGAUGGGUUAAGAAGCAAAGGAGUGCAGGCUCUUUGGUGAUUGGGCGGUGCAAAUCAAAGCUGGAGUUGGAGACUCUGUUACCACAAGAAAGGUGGAGGAAAUCACAUUUGCUUUCACCUGUUAUUGUUGUUGGGUUUUCAAUUUAAUAUAGAUAUACUUACUGUUUUCUAUUUUUCUUUUGUUCUUCUUCUUUUUCUUUUUUUUUUAUGUGCUGUGUUUAAAUAUGAUCAAAUUCUAAGUGGAAUUGUUUUUCUUAUCUGUGUAAUUUUGUCUUUCAAACCUUUGUAAGGAUCUAUCUUAUUUCCUUUGGUAUUUCUUUUGCUGCAUUUGCAUCUUGGCUUUUCUUAUAAUAAGCAUUUUUGGCCGAA